AUGCGCGAAAGAAUGCCUUUACAGCAGGACCUUCAAUUCGCACUCCUCAGCAGACAGUCAACAAUGCAGGAUGGCAAUGAUUUCGAGGACGACCCUUCCUACGUGCCGAAUCACAACGAAUUGCAGUACACAACAGAUGCUUCCAUGCAACACCCCAUGGCCUCUGAUAUGACUGGUGGCCUCGCUGCGAGCCUCGACACUGCACUCUCCCUUGGGUACCAGGAUGGAUCGGGACACAUGUGGACAGCAAAUACUAUGACGCCCCUACAAACGGCUUUUGAUCAGUCAAGCGAUCUGCAUCUCAUUCAUUCAGCGCAAGUUUCGCCGGUGUUAGGUGAUUUCUACGGCAAUCGAAGAUCAUCUGCGGGAAGCGUACAAGACCACGCGGAAUGGCAGGAGAAAGCCCGGAACGAGCGACGUAAAGUCCAGAAUCGUGCUGCUCAGAGGGCGUACAGGGAACGAAAGGAGAAGGCUUUGGCAGACAUGCGAGAUCUUCUGGAUCGAAAGGAAUCUCAAUUUCAGGCCCUUCGGAAAGAUCACGAGGAACUUCAACAGAAAUACGAAAAUCUUGUACAGCUACGAGAAUCGUCAACGCCGUCGACCUGCAAUCCUAGGAAUCUCUUCAAAACACAGAAUAGCGACGACAGCUUACCACAGUCCGUCCCAGAGCAGGAAGAGGGGUGA